CUGGGGCUGGGUGGGGGCAAGCCGUGACUCUUCCGUGGCCCAGGCCCCAGUCCACCUCCCUUCCCACUCUCAGCCUUGAGCUUGGGCACCCCGCCAGCAUACUUAGUCCAUGCAGUCCCUUCUGGGUGUCGGCAGCUCUGGUGAAAGCAUUUUAAAUGGCCCUGGCCUCAGGGCAGGGGCCAAAUCCCCAAGGCGCACACAAGGCUGGCCAAUUCAUGAAGUCAGUGAAAUUUGUGUUUAGCCAUCCUCUAAAUGCCAUCCUCCCAUGGCAUUUCCCUGAACAGGGUCCUAUGGGGAAAGCAAAUUGUCCUUGAGUUUCAGAGAAGAAGAAUCUCUCCGCUCACAGGGCUUAAGAGCCACCACAAGCCUUCUGAAGUCAUUUCCCCUGUAAGACAGUCCCCCCUCCCAGUAAAAAGAGAUGCUUUCGAGUGCCACAAGCCGCUUCCCCCCUACUUUUCUUGAACCCAAAGUCGUAAAAAGGGUACAGCCAAGAGCACUUCUCGGGCUGGCAGUGCCGAGGCCGCCUUGUUUUCUAUUUUUGUGAAAGCCCUUACUUGGUGUCAGACUACUUUCUUUGGGAUUCAGCCCAGUUUCUUUCUGGUUCAGCUGGAUCAGUGUCGGUGUACAUGGCCAGUUCAGCUCAUUCAGCUUGCGGGGCCUGACAAUGCACUGACCCCGGGCCUGGGGUUCGGGGAGGUGAGGAUGGUCAGGGGGUAUUACAGAAGGAAAACACACUCAACCCUCAAGGGGGUUCCCACUGGGUGACCAGACCUGGAUCAGAGGACCUAGGUUGGGGGACAGUGCGGAGCAGAUGGAUCUAGUGCCGAGGACAUCCGAGCCAUUGCUUAGUGUUCUGGGAUGCCUGCGCUGAGAGACGUUGGCGCCCUGAAGGAGGCUGGGAUUUAGACCGGCACGGGGAAGGCGGGACAUGCCAAGAGGGGGAACAGCACAUGGUGUUCUGUCCCUUCCUUCCACGAAGUGCUGCAGGAGACAAGAUGGCAGAGUCUGUGUGCCCAUCCCAGGGCCUCAGUACCUGAGCAGUGAGGGAGUUCUUGAUGCAUCUGAUCACAGUCUCGUGCUCCAGUAGAGCCUUUGGUUGCACAGUCUGGCUUGUGCCACUGCAGGUCUUCAUCCUCCUUAGCUGCAUAUCCCUCCCGGGGCCCAUUUUCCAGGCUUUCUCCUCCUCCUACCCCUCCUACCCCGCUGAAUCAUGCCCGUCCCUCCACCACAUGCUUCUGUCCUUCCAUCACCUCCGGGAUCUGGCUUCUGACUCAGCUCCCAGCUCCCCUGAGGGGGCCCAGGCCUGGCUCCAGGACUCCAGUCAAUACCUGGCUUGGGCUGAAAUUUGGCGAGGGGUGGGAUGGGGGUGCCCCGAUACUGGCUCAGGGCCACUUAGGAGUCUUUUAUGGUUGGAAAGGCAGCUUGGGGCGAGGCAGUUGUCAGCCCUUGACUGAGAGUUCUGUAUUUGCGGCAUAGAACCUCCUGAGCUUCAGUUUCCUCAUUUGUAAACCGGAGAUAAUGACACCGUCCUCACGGAUGAAAGCGAAUGUGUGAACGAGCUUUAUGAACUGUAAAGCUGUAGACAAAUGUUAGUUGUUAGCGUUAUUAACGGGUGCUGUUGUGUACAAGAGCUCAGGUUUCUACGAGGAUCUGGGAAGUGCCUUAUCCUUCUCUGUCCCUUUCUUCAGCCCAUCUGUGCCUUAGGGACUCCACUUCUCCCCUUGGAAGGCCCAUAUCCUGCAGACCCUCUGUAUUUCCCAGCCCCUGUGUCCUCAGCUCAUCACAGCAUCUCUGCACCUCUGCCCUGGGGAGCCAGAAAGCCUUCAUUGCAUUAGUCUGUUGCAUCAGACAUUACAGCAAGACAGCCACCUCCUUAAGUCAGGCUGGCUCGGGGGCCCCAGGGCCUGGGGGGCAGGCAUGUGGGUCCAGACUUGGCUCUGGCUGUUGUGGAGCAAGCUGACUUUCUUACCCUACAAGGCACUGUUUAGUCCAGAGUGGCUGGAUGGGGGCCAGUGGACUUGAGAGCAGCAAAAGUGGGUGGAACCUGGGGAUGGCACAGACAUCUGGCAAGGGGUGGUCCCAGGCCUGGAGUCUGCAGGCAGUGAGGGGUGGGGCCAGGGGAGGGAGUCCAGCAGCUUGCCCGUAGGCCUGGUGGGGAGCAGGUAGAGGGAGGCAGUGGGCAGUGUAUUGUGGGAAGAGGCCUGCAUGCAGCCACCGCCCUCUCUUGCUCCUUCCCCUCCCCCUCUUGCUCUUCACCCUGCCCCUGCCAGUGCUAUGGUAACCAGGGCUGGCUGCCCAGUCCCCUCUUGGGGUCCACCCCAAGAGGGCCUGCUUUUGAGGACCCACAGAUCUCAAUUCCUGGUUGGGAGCCAUGGUAACCAGGGAAUGGAUAACUAGAGAAUGCGGCCCCAUGGACCAUGGUUUAGGGGCAGGGUCUGUGCAGGCAGGAGCUGGUCCUCACCAGCUCCCCUGGUCCCUCCCACCCUUUCCACCCCACUGAAUCAUUUUGUUGAGACCACAGCCAUUCUCCCAAAGCGGAUGUGUGGAUGGGGGCAGGUGGCUUGGGAGUGUGAGAAGUGUGCUUAACCAAAGCAAAGCAAAGCAUUCCCCACCACUGCCCACAUCCAUCACACAAGUAUUUAUUGAGUGCCAACCAGGUGCCAAGUGCUACAGCUCUCUAAACAGUUUCUUCUGUUUGGACAGUGUCAUAGACUUUCCCAAGCCCUUUCACAUCUCUUCCCUGGCGAUAACAUUGUGCCAUACAUAUCCCUUGGAGGGACGUGUGGCAGGUGGGGACAUUCCCAUUUUACGGAUGAGAAGACAAAAAUGUGAAUUGAAAAGUGAGGUAGAGCUAGCACCAGGCCAGCAGCCUUUAUUUAGCACUUGCAAUCUGCCUAGGGAUGUUUUCAGCAACAACUGAUUUAGGGUGAUGGAAAUAACUGCCCAUGAAGCAAAUAAACUUAGUGUGGGGUGCAAAUAAAAGUACAUGACCGGGCUGGGUGCGGUGAAUCACACUUGUAAUCCCAGCACUUUGGGAGGCUGAGGCGGGUGGAUCACCUGAAGUCAGGAGUUCGAGACCAGCCUGGCCAACAUGGCAAAACCUUGUCUCUACUAAAAAUACAAAAAUUAGCCAGGCAUGGUGGCAUAUACCUAUAAUCCCAGCUACUUUGGGGGCUGAAACAGGAGAAUCACUUGAACCCGGGAGGCCGAGGUUGCAGUAAGCCGAGAUCGUGCCACUGCACUCCAGCCUGGGUGAUAAAGUGAGACUCUGUCUCAAAAUAAAUAAAUAAAUAAAUAAAAAAUACAUGAUCAGUUAGCACUUAGUGAGUGCUUCAUAUAUACCAGGCCUUGUGUUGAUUGGAUUAUUUUGUUUAAUCCAGCCUCAUGAGGUAGGUUCUAUUAUUAUGCCUAUGUUACGGAUGAGGAAACUGAGACUUGGAAAACUUUAGCCAAUUGCUCUCUGGACACAGUGGCUGACACCUGUAAUCCCAGCAGUUUUGUCUGGAGCAGCAUUGAUCAAUAGACAUUUCUGUGAUGAUGGAGAUGCUCUAUAUGUGUGUGGCCCAGUAUGGUAGCCCUAGCUACAUGUGGUUAGUGAGCACUUGAAAUGCAGCUACGGUGACUGAGGAACUGCAUUUUAAAUUUAAUUUCAUUUUAAUAACUGCUUUUAAAUAGUCUCAGGUGGCUAGUGGCUGCCUUCUUGGGAUGGUCAGCUCUAGGAGCUUAGGGCCAGCUGGAGGCUGGAGCUAUGAUUUGAAACCCUGUCUCGGUCUCUCAAGCCUACACUCCUAACCAUGACACUAUCCCACCCCCUUUUCCUGUUGCUCUGAAGAAGUUCGAGGUUGAGGUGGAACUGAGCUCAUGAGCUCACUGGGAGGGCACUGGUGAUGUCAUCUGUGGGUGGGUCAGACUGGGGGCUUUCUCUCCUUCCUCUGUUGACUCCCUGCCUCCAGCACAGCUGUGGUCCUUCUGUUUCCUUGCAUGCCUGAUGUGAGCACACCCAGCUUCCCCACCGUGUGCCCCGAGAGGAGGCCCUCUGGGUGCUGGGCAGGAGGAAGUGGGAGUAUGGGAGGCCCCAUGGGCCUGGGCCUCGUCCUCCCCACCUCCAGUCCUUCCCUCAACUAUAGGUCUCCUAUAUUUGAGCCCAAGAUUCUUGCAUUUUCCAGCCAAGACCUUGGCCUCUUCAUUGUACCUUAGCUGGUCAUGGUUUUCUUGGCUGUAAAGUGAGGAUCUUCAUACCAGCCAGGCUACCUACUUGGUGAGAUUCCUGAGGGUCUGUGAGGAGGGCAAGUUGGACACUUGGGACAGAGGAUAUAGCUCAUCGAAGCCCAUUCUGGUCCCACUUAUAGAAUCAACAUGACCACAGCAGAAAAUAGGUUGUUUAUUGGGGGCCAUGAAAACAAAAACAAGGAAGAAAACCUUAGCAUCCAUGUCAGUCCCUGUCUUCUCUUGCCCCUGGUCUCUGGCUACCUGUGGCAUAGUUGCAGAUUCUCCGUUGUGAUGGCAGUGGCUGCCGUUGGGGAGGAUGCCACAGGGGCCCCAUCGUCAGUCCUCGAUGGGGGUUUGGACAACACCUGACAAAGCAGUGUGGCAUGGUCCCCUUGCCCAAACUCAGCCCUUCCUCUACCCUCCUGUCUGCCAGAAACAGGCCUGCCUGACAGGUGGCCUCCCCGAAGCUGGUACCUAGAACGGGGGCCAUCACUCACAGCCUGUCAGAAGAAUUGAGAGCUCAUUUACUGUUGUUGCAGCCACUUUUCCUCACCUGGAGCAAACUAACAUAGUCAUAUGUAAGAAAUUAAUCAUGACCGGGUGCGGUGGCUCAUGCCUGUAAUCUCAGCACUUUGGGAGGCCAAGCAGGGUGGAUCAUGAGGUCAGGAGUAUGAGACCAGCCUGACCAACAUAGUGAAAUCCUGUCUCUACUAAAAAUACAAAAAAUUAGCUGGGUGUGGUGAUGGAGGUCUCUAAUUCCAGCUACUUGGGAGGCUGAGACAGGAGAAUCACUUGAAUCUGGGAGGCAGAGGUCGCAGUGAGCCGAGAUCAUGCCAUUGCACUCCGGCCUGGGUGACAGUGCGAGACUCUGUCUCAAAAAAAAAAAAAAGAAAAAGAAAAAGAAAAAAAAGAAAAAAGAAAAAUUAAUCACUUCUGGGGCUAGGUCAGGCUGACCAUGUGAAAUGAUCUGAUGGCUUGUACAUUUUGAACUAAGCCUGAAACAUUCUCAGUCCAAGGGGAAACAUUCAUGUCAGCACCCUGUGGAAAUGCCCACCUCCUGGCCAGCCGUGUCCUCCCUUUCCCUGACUUUUCCGCAGUGGGGUUACCACAGCAGACAUUUCAAGAACUGCCUGUGGAGGACCUACUGAAACAGCACAUGUGGAGGGCCAGCUGGGAAGGGCCAAGCCACAGGCAAAUGCUGGCUAACCUGCAGCCUAUCACUCCCUUCCUCAAGAAUCGUAAGGAGAAAAAACCAUUUAUGGACUGGGUGCCGUGGCUCACACCUGUAAUCCUAGCACUUUGGGAGGCCAAGGCAGGUGGAACACUUGAGGCCAGGAGUUUGAGACCAGCCUGGCCAACAUAAUGAAACCCCAUCUCUACUAAGAAUACAAAAAUUAGCCAGGUGUGGUUGUGGGAGCCUGUAAUCCCAGCUACUGAGGGAGGCCGAGCCAGGAGAAUCACUUGAACUUCGGAGGUGGAGGUUGCAGUGAGCUGAGAUUACACCAGUGCUCUCCAGCCUGUAUGACAGACUGCAACUGUCUCAAAACAAAAGCAAAAACAAACAAACAAAAGAAUUGUAAAGAGUCCGCCUUGCCUACAGAGUAAAGGCUGCACACCUUCGUGUGGCCUCUACCAUCUGCACCCAUAGGGCAAAAGGAGCCAGAGGCCUGAGGCUGGCCCUCAGGUGGCAGUGGGAGGCACCUGCUUGAACAGUGGAUGCUCCACUCCUUACUUCUUUACCCAGUUUAUAGACAGACAGUUGAGCUAUAGUCCUCUGCACACAUGGCUUUUACUUCAAACUUUUCUGCAUGUACUUUCCUCUGCCUGGAAUACUUUUCCCUUUUUCCUGCAAACUGCAAUUCCAAUACUGCCUCUUCCUUCAGUUCUCUCUUUUUCCCUGGGCCAAAAGUCAUCUCCCGCCUUCUAUACUCCCACGCCCCUUACCUGCUGCUCUCUUGCUACCUCAUACUUCCUGCUUGCUCUUAUAGUCACUUGUGUAUCUGGCUUGUCUUCCCCACCACCCAGAAGGCUCCUGAGGACAUGACCAUGUCUUUGCCACUCCUUAGCACUGGCAGCUGUGCCUGGGGGCCCUCCUGGACAGUUAGGGGCUGUGUGGACUGCAGAGCUGUAUGUGAGGUGGCAGUGAGUAGGCAGAGAGCCCCAUGACUUUUCAAGCCCUUGAGCAACGUGGGUGACACACAGAGGUGAGGCUAGGCAUGACACCCAGCCACAAGGGUCAUGAGGCUCUGCCUAUGAGGGGAGCUUGGGAAAGAGACCAUGGAGCGGUGGUCCUCAGAGUGAGGCCCCCAGACCAGCAGCAUCAGCAUCACCUGAGUAUGUGUUAGAAAUGCAGUUUCUUUUUUUUUUUUUUUCCAAUAAGCAGUUUGCACUCUUAAGAAAUGCAGAUUAUUGGCCCCAGCCCCGACCUACUGAAUCGGAAAUUCCGUGGGUGGGGCCCAGCACUCUAUGGUCUAAGGAGCCCUCCAGGUGAUUCCGAUGCACAGAAAACCUUGAGAACCACUGCCAUAGAGUUAGAGAUUGUGCCCAAGAUGGGAGACCAGGUUGUGCCAUGGGAAGCACACGGGCUGUGUAGCCAAACCUCCUAGGUUCAAAGCCCUGCUCUGAGGUCAAAUGGCCCAGUGAAGGGGGCUUAGUGAUACCACCUCUUAGGGCUGUCCUCCUCCCAUAAAGAUCAGCAGUGGUCCCUAAGCUUUCAUGUACCUAAGAGUCACCUGGGGUGCUUUUUAAAAUGCAGUUUCCUGACAUCUCAUUUCAGAAAAUCGAAUUCUGCAGGCUGGAGUAAGGUUGAGGAAUCUAUAUUCUAAAUAAGCCCGAGGUGGUCCUGAUGUGAGUAGGUCAAGUAACAUUCUGAGAAGCCCUGAAACAAAGGGCUGUGUGUGACACCUUUUAUGUACUAGAUAAUUCGCAGUGGUGGCUGCAACUCUGUCUAUUGUGAGAACACAUCAGGGGACGCUGAAACAGUUGGGGCUGGUGGAUGUGCUGGUCUGAGGAGAGGGAGUUCCCUGUGUGCUUCCUAACGCCAGUAUUUUCAUCAAAUGAGUUUGACCUGAGAGUGAUGUUGAAAGGGCAGACAUGAGCAUGGGGUCAGUGUGGGGGAUUGGGAGCCAGUGUGAAGGGGCGGUACUUCCGUGGUGGGUUGUUCAGGGCCAUUGAGUGUAUGUGCCUAUUAGGUUUAGGGGGGCACCUGCCCCCUCCUUCCUGGCUGGUGUAACUGUGUUUGCCACAGUGAGAGUUGGGCUUGUGGGUGCAGCAGGGCUGGGAUGUCAGGGACUGGUUCCAAAGAUGGUUUUUGCUAUGUGGCCAGGGAAAAAACUAGGUGGCACCGGAUUCUGGUAUGGAGCCUCAGGAAUCCUCGAUCAGCUUCCUUGGUCACUCGCUUUUGGAGGUAUGGAGGGGCAGAGGCUACUGCCUUGUCCGGAAGAGGCCUGGGCUGCUCUGACAGUCUCUUUCUCCAAGGGGCUUGAGGAUGGGGGCCUGCUUCAUGGCUAGAUGCCCUCCAGCAUGCUGUUCCCCUGGGCACCACCAGGGGUCUCUGAGGCUCCCUGCAAACCUUGACCAUCUGGCCUUCAGCUCUGCUUCCGCUCCCAGUCCCUGGGCCCAUGAGCCUCCUCAGUACUGUCCAGCCUGGAGGUGACCCUGGGGCAGGACUCCAGGCUCCACAGAGGGGUAGGACCGCCCACCUGCGGAGCCAUGCCUGUGAUCUCAGCAUCAGCUGCCUUAAGCACCAAAUGCCGUUCUGACUUCCCUCCCCAACCCUACCUCAAGACAGCCAGCCUGAACCGUGGGCCCCUCCUCUGCCCGGCCUCCAGCCCUCCUUCCUUACUGGCCGUGCUGGGAAACACAGGUCAUGGCUUGGGAAUGUGGCCCCGGGUUGCGGGGUGAGGUGAUAGGAAGAGGGAGAAGGACACGUGACCCCUGCUCAACAGCCCCCUUGUCUCAGGUUCCGUGUCCAAACCCUUUCCCCAUCCCAGAUACAAAUGGGUUCUCAUGAUAAGGGGCCAUUUGGGGGAGGCAGCCCCCGCUGUCCUCUCUAGCGGGGCCAAUGGGUGGCGGGCAAGUUGCCAACAGGUGCCCCGGCGGUUUGGGUAGGAAGGCUGGAUGUGGGCUUAGGCCCUGUGGUGGCUGCUGGUCAGACCUUCCAUGGCAGGGAUGAGGGGGCAGAGGUGGGAUUCUGGGCCCCCUCAGAUUCUUCCCCCACCUCUGUGAAGGAGGGCAAAGAUCUUGACAGUUCUCUGAUUUUCAGGGCCAAGGAAAACAGGUAUGCCCUGGCUCUGUAGUAUUUGAGGCUCGUUAGCACAUUCCCUGGUCAGGGAUCUUGGUGGUUCCGUCAGAGCAAGGGGCAACACAGGGAACAUUUCCCACGGGCACCUUCUUUGGUGGACGUGUCAGAACAAAUGGGUCAGGGCAAGUGUCUCUAUUGGCACAGCGCAGUGCCACCCCUCCCCUGUCUUGCUCGGGGACGGAGGCCCCACACCUUGAGUCAAGGCACCGCAGAGCGGGCUUUGCUCUUGUCAGGGUCUGAAGCUGUAAGGAGAAGAAAGGCAGAUCCCGUGGCUUGGGAGUGAGCAGAGUGGCUAAAUCCAGAAGGCCGCGCUCCGCCCUCCCUCCCCUCUCCCCUCUCCUCCCCCUCCACACCAGGGCCCAGGCUGCCUGUGGUCUCGGCAGGCACCACCUUCCUAGCCAGCUGCCUGCCGGCCUGCCAUCCAACCUCCUCCUUCCCCUCCUCGGGCACCUUCCCCUCCCCCAGGGCCUUCUCCGUGCAGGGCCUCAGCUGGGUCAGCCGAGUGAGUGGGGCUGGGCAGGCUGGACAGGCUGGGCUCCUGCUCCCUGGGGAGCCACGCUGGGGUGGGCAGUGGGCAGGCAGCAGAAGGGCCUGGUGCCAGGGCAGAGCCUUCAGGACAGGCACAGGCUGGGGUCUGUGUGCAGAGCCUCGGGGUGGGUCUACAUCCCCUUUCAGCAGCCCCAUCACCUCCGACGAGGAAUACCUGAGCCCCCCAGAGGAGUUCCCAGAGCCUGGGGAGACCUGGCCCCGAACCCCCACCAUGAAGCCCAGUCCCAGCCAGAACCGCCGUUCUUCUGACACUGGCUCCAAGGCACCCCCCACCUUCAAGGUCUCACUUAUGGACCAGUCAGUAAGAGAAGGCCAAGAUGUCAUCAUGAGCAUCCGCGUGCAGGGGGAGCCCAAGCCUGUGGUCUCCUGGCUGAGAAACCGCCAGCCUGUGCGCCCAGACCAGCGGCGCUUUGCGGAGGAGGCUGAGGGUGGGCUGUGCCGGCUGCGGAUCCUGGCUGCAGAGCGUGGCGAUGCUGGUUUCUACACUUGCAAAGCGGUCAAUGAGUAUGGUGCUCGGCAGUGCGAGGCCCGCUUGGAGGUCCGAGCACACCCUGAAAGCCGGUCCCUGGCCGUGCUGGCCCCCCUGCAGGACGUGGACGUGGGGGCCGGGGAGAUGGCGCUGUUUGAGUGCCUGGUGGCGGGGCCCACUGACGUGGAGGUGGAUUGGCUGUGCCGCGGCCGCCUGCUGCAGCCUGCACUGCUCAAAUGCAAGAUGCAUUUCGAUGGCCGCAAAUGCAAGCUGCUGCUUACAUCUGUACAUGAGGACGACAGUGGCGUCUACACCUGCAAGCUCAGCACGGCCAAAGAUGAGCUGACCUGCAGUGCCCGGCUGACCGUGCGGCCCUCGUUGGCACCCCUGUUCACACGGCUGCUGGAAGAUGUGGAGGUGUUGGAGGGCCGAGCUGCCCGUUUCGACUGCAAGAUCAGUGGCACCCCGCCCCCUGUUGUUACCUGGACUCAUUUUGGCCGCCCCAUGGAGGAGAGUGAGAACUUGCGGCUGCGGCAGGACGGGGGUCUGCACUCACUGCAUAUUGCCCAUGUGGGCAGCGAGGACGAGGGGCUCUAUGCGGUCAGUGCUGUUAACACCCAUGGCCAGGCCCACUGCUCAGCCCAGCUAUAUGUAGAAGAGCCCCGGACAGCCGCCUCAGGCCCCAGCUCGAAGCUGGAGAAGAUGCCAUCCAUUCCCGAGGAGCCGGAGCAGGGUGAGCUGGAGCGGCUGUCCAUUCCUGACUUCCUGCGGCCACUGCAGGACCUGGAGGUGGGACUGGCCAAGGAGGCCAUGCUAGAGUGCCAGGUGACCGGCCUGCCCUACCCCACCAUCAGCUGGUUCCACAACGGCCACCGCAUCCAGAGCAGCGACGACCGGCGCAUGACACAGUACAGGGAUGUGCAUCGCUUGGUGUUCCCUGCCGUGGGGCCUCAGCACGCCGGUGUCUACAAGAGCGUCAUUGCCAACAAGCUGGGCAAAGCUGCCUGCUAUGCCCACCUGUAUGUCACAGAUGUGGUUCCAGGCCCUCCAGAUGGCGCCCCGCAGGUGGUGUCUGUGACGGGGAGGAUGGUCACACUCACAUGGAACCCCCCCAGGAGUCUGGACAUGGCCAUCGACCCGGACUCCCUGACGUACACAGUGCAGCACCAGGUGCUGGGCUCGGACCAGUGGACGGCACUGGUCACAGGCCUGCGGGAGCCAGGGUGGGCAGCCACAGGGCUGCGUAAGGGGGUCCAGCACAUCUUCCGGGUCCUCAGCACCACUGUCAAGAGCAGCAGCAAGCCCUCACCCCCUUCUGAGCCUGUGCAGCUGCUGGAGCACGGCCCACCCCUGGAGGAGGCCCCAGCCAUGCUGGACAAACCAGACAUCGUGUAUGUGGUGGAGGGACAGCCUGCCAGCGUCACCGUCACAUUCAACCAUGUGGAGGCCCAGGUCGUCUGGAGGAGCUGCCGAGGGGCCCUCCUAGAGGCACGGGCCGGUGUGUACGAGCUGAGCCAGCCAGAUGAUGACCAGUACUGUCUUCGGAUCUGCCGGGUGAGCCGCCGGGACAUGGGGGCCCUCACCUGCACCGCCCGAAACCGUCACGGCACACAGACCUGCUCGGUCACAUUGGAGCUGGCAGAGGCCCCUCGGUUUGAGUCCAUCAUGGAGGACGUGGAGGUGGGGGCUGGGGAAACUGCUCGCUUUGCCGUGGUGGUCGAGGGAAAACCACUGCCGGACAUCAUGUGGUACAAGGACGAGGUGCUGCUGACCGAGAGCAGCCAUGUGAGCUUCGUGUACGAGGAGAAUGAGUGCUCCCUGGUGGUGCUCAGCACGGGGGCCCAGGAUGGAGGCGUCUACACCUGCACCGCCCAGAACCUGGCGGGUGAGGUCUCCUGCAAAGCAGAGUUGGCUGUGCAUUCAGCUCAGACAGCUAUGGAGGUUGAGGGGGUCGGGGAGGAUGAGGACCAUCGAGGAAGGAGACUCAGCGACUUUUAUGACAUCCACCAGGAGAUCGGCAGGGGUGCUUUCUCCUACUUGCGGCGCGUAGUGGAGCGUAGCUCCGGCCUGGAGUUUGCGGCCAAGUUCAUCCCCAGCCAGGCCAAGCCAAAGGCAUCAGCGCGUCGGGAGGCCCGGCUGCUGGCCAGGCUCCAGCAUGACUGUGUCCUCUACUUCCAUGAGGCCUUCGAGAGGCGCCGGGGACUGGUCAUUGUCACCGAGCUCUGCACAGAGGAGCUGCUGGAGCGAAUGGCCAGGAAACCCACCGUGUGUGAGUCUGAGAUCCGGGCCUAUAUGCGGCAGGUGCUAGAGGGAAUACACUACCUGCACCAGAGCCACGUGCUGCACCUCGAUGUCAAGCCUGAGAACCUGCUGGUGUGGGAUGGUGCCGCGGGCGAGCAGCAGGUGCGGAUCUGUGACUUUGGGAAUGCCCAGGAGCUGACUCCAGGAGAGCCCCAGUACUGCCAGUAUGGCACACCUGAGUUUGUAGCACCCGAGAUUGUCAAUCAGAGCCCCGUGUCUGGAGUCACUGACAUCUGGCCUGUGGGCGUUGUUGCCUUCCUCUGUCUGACAGGAAUCUCCCCGUUUGUUGGGGAAAAUGACCGGACAACAUUGAUGAACAUCCGAAACUACAACGUGGCCUUCGAGGAGACCACAUUCCUGAGCCUGAGCAGGGAGGCCCGGGGCUUCCUCAUCAAAGUGUUGGUGCAGGACCGGCUGAGACCUACUGCAGAGGAGACCCUAGAACAUCCUUGGUUCAAAACUCAGGCAAAGGGCGCAGAGGUGAGCACGGAUCACCUGAAGCUAUUCCUCUCCCGGCGGAGGUGGCAGCGCUCCCAGAUCAGCUACAAAUGCCACCUGGUGCUGCGCCCCAUCCCCGAGCUGCUGCGGGCCCCCCCAGAGCGGGUGUGGGUGACCAUGCCCAGAAGGCCACCCCCCAGUGGGGGGCUCUCAUCCUCCUCGGAUUCUGAAGAGGAAGAGCUGGAAGAGCUGCCCUCAGUGCCCCGCCCACUGCAGCCCGAGUUCUCUGGCUCCCGGGUGUCCCUCACAGACAUUCCCACUGAGGAUGAGGCCCUGGGGACCCCAGAGACUGGGGCUGCCACCCCCAUGGACUGGCAGGAGCAGGGAAGGGCUCCCUCUCAGGACCAGGAGGCUCCCAGCCCGGAGGCCCUCCCCUCCCCAGGCCAGGAGCCCGCAGCUGGGGCUAGCCCCAGGCGGGGAGAGCUCCGCAGGGGCAGCUCCGCUGAGAGCGCCCUGCCCCGGGCCGGGCCGCGGGAGCUGGGCCGGGGCCUGCACAAGGCGGCGUCUGUGGAGCUGCCGCAGCGCCGGAGCCCCAGCCCGGGAGCCACCCGCCUGGCCCGGGGAGGCCUGGGUGAGGGCGAGUAUGCCCAGAGGCUGCAGGCCCUGCGCCAGCGGCUGCUGCGGGGAGGCCCCGAAGAUGGCAAGGUCAGCGGCCUCAGGGGUCCCCUGCUGGAGAGCCUGGGGGGCCGUGCUCGGGACCCCCGGAUGGCACGAGCUGCCUCCAGCGAGGCAGCGCCCCACCACCAGCCCCCACUCGAGAACCGGGGCCUGCAAAAGAGCAGCAGCUUCUCCCAGGGUGAGGCGGAGCCCCGGGGCCGGCACCGCCGAGCGGGGGCGCCCCUCGAGAUCCCCGUGGCCAGGCUUGGGGCCCGUAGGCUACAGGAGUCUCCUUCCCUGUCUGCCCUCAGCGAGGCCCAGCCAUCCAGCCCUGCACGGCCCAGCGCCCCCAAACCCAGUACCCCUAAGUCUGCAGAACCUUCUGCCAGCACACCUAGUGAUGCUCCGCAGCCCCCCGCACCCCAGCCUGCCCAAGACAAGGCCCCAGAGCCCAGGCCAGAACCAGUCCGAGCCUCCAAGCCUGCACCACCCCCCCAGGCCCUGCAAACCCUAGCGCUGCCCCUCACACCCUAUGCCCAGAUCAUUCAGUCCCUCCAGCUGUCAGGCCACGCCCAGGGCCCCCCGCAGGGCCCUGCCGCGCCGCCUUCAGAGCCCAAGCCCCACGCUGCUGUCUUUGCCAGGGUGGCCUCCCCACCUCCGGGAGCCCCCGAGAAGCGCGUGGCCUCAGCCGGGGGUCCCCCGGUGCUAGCCGAGAAAGCCAGAGUUCCCACGGUGCCCCCCAGGCCAGGCAGCAGUCUCAGUAGCAGCAUCGAAAACUUGGAGUCGGAGGCCGUGUUCGAGGCCAAGUUCAAGCGCAGCCGCGAGUCGCCCCUGUCGCUGGGGCUGCGGCUGCUGAGCCGUUCGCGCUCGGAGGAGCGCGGCCCCUUCCGCGGGGCCGAGGAGGAGGAUGGCAUAUACCGGCCCAGCCCGGCGGGGACCCCGCUGGAGCUGGUGCGACGGCCUGAGCGCUCACGCUCGGUGCAGGACCUCAGGGCUGUCGGAGAGCCUGGCCUCGUCCGCCGCCUCUCGCUGUCACUGUCCCAGCGGCUGCGGCGGACCCCUCCCGCGCAGCGCCACCCGGCCUGGGAGGCCCGCGGCGGGGACGGAGAGAGCUCGGAGGGUGGGAGCUCGGCGAGGGGCUCCCCGGUGCUGGCGAUGCGCAGGCGGCUGAGCUCCACCCUGGAGCGGCUGUCCAGCCGAUUGCAGCGCAGUGGCAGCAGCGAGGACUCGGGGGGCGCGUCGGGCCGCAGCACGCCGCUGUUCGGACGGCUUCGCAGGGCCACGUCCGAGGGCGAGAGUCUGCGGCGCCUUGACCUUCCGCACAACCAGUUGGCCGCCCAGGCCGGCGCCACCACGCCUUCCGCCGAGUCCCUGGGCUCCGAGGCCAGCGCCACGUCGGGCUCCUCAGCCCCAGGGGAAAGCCGAAGCCGGCUCCGCUGGGGCUUCUCUCGGCCGCGGAAGGACAAGGGGUUAUUGCCACCAAACCUCUCUGCCAGCGUCCAGGAGGAGUUGGGUCACCAGUACGUGCGCAGUGAGUCAGACUUCCCCCCAGUCUUCCACAUCAAACUCAAGGACCAGGUGCUGCUGGAGGGGGAGGCAGCCACCCUGCUCUGCCUGCCAGCGGCCUGCCCUGCACCGCACAUCUCCUGGAUGAAAGACAAGAAGUCCCUGAGGUCAGAGCCCUCAGUGAUCAUCGUGUCCUGCAAAGAUGGGCGGCAGCUGCUCAGCAUCCCCCGGGCGGGCAAGCGGCACGCCGGUCUCUAUGAGUGCUCGGCCACCAAUGUCCUGGGCAGCAUCACCAGCUCCUGUACCGUGGCUGUGGCCCGAGUCCCAGGAAAGCUAGCUCCUCCAGAGGUACCCCAGACCUACCAGGACACGGCGCUGGUGCUGUGGAAGCCGGGAGACAGCCGGGCACCUUGCACGUAUACGCUGGAGCGGCGAGUGGAUGGGGAGUCUGUGUGGCACCCUGUGAGCUCAGGCAUCCCCGACUGUUACUACAACGUGACCCACCUGCCAGUUGGCGUUACUGUGAGGUUCCGUGUGGCCUGUGCCAACCGUGCUGGGCAGGGGCCCUUCAGCAACCCUUCUGAGAAGGUCUUUGUCAGGGGUACUCAAGAUUCUUCAGCUGUGCCAUCUGCUGCCCACCAAGAGGCCCCUGUCACCUCAGGGCCAGCCAGGGCCCCGCCUCCUGACUCUCCUACCUCACUGGCCCCACCCCUAGCUCCUGCUGCCCCCACACCCCCGUCAGUCACUGUCAGCCCCUCAUCUCCCCCCACACCUCCUAGCCAGGCCUUGUCCUCGCUCAAGGCUGUGGGUCCACCACCCCAAACCCCUCCACGAAGACACAGGGGCCUGCAGGCUGCCCGGCCAGCGGAGCCCACCCUACCCAGUACCCACGUCACCCCAAGUGAGCCCAAGCCUUUCGUCCUUGACACUGGGACCCCGAUCCCAGCCUCCACUCCUCAAGGGGUUAAACCAGUGUCUUCCUCUACUCCUGUGUAUGUGGUGACUUCCUUCGUGUCUGCACCACCAGCCCCUGAGCCCCCAGCCCCUGAGCCCCCUCCUGAGCCUACCAAGGUGACUGCGCAGAGCCUCAGCCCGGCCAAGGAGGUGGUCAGCUCCCCUGGGAGCAGUCCCCGAAGCUCUCCCAGGCCUGAGGGUACCACUCUUCGACAGGGCCCCCCUCAGAAACCCUACACCUUCCUGGAGGAGAAAGCCAGGGGCCGCUUUGGUGUUGUGCGAGCGUGCCGGGAGAAUGCCACAGGGCGAACGUUCGUGGCCAAGAUCGUGCCCUAUGCUGCCGAGGGCAAGCGGCGGGUCCUGCAGGAGUACGAGGUGCUGCGGACCCUGCACCACGAGCGGAUCAUGUCCCUGCACGAGGCCUACAUCACCCCUCGGUACCUCGUGCUCAUUGCUGAGAGCUGUGGCAACCGGGAACUCCUCUGUGGGCUCAGUGACAGGUUCCGGUAUUCUGAGGAUGACGUGGCCACUUACAUGGUGCAGCUGCUACAAGGCCUGGACUACCUCCACGGCCGCCACGUGCUCCACCUAGACAUCAAGCCAGACAACCUGCUGCUGGCCCCUGACAACGCCCUCAAGAUCGUGGACUUUGGCAGUGCCCAGCCCUACAACCCCCAGGCCCUUAGGCCCCUUGGCCACCGCACGGGCACGCUGGAGUUCAUGGCUCCGGAGAUGGUGAAGGGAGAACCCAUCGGCUCUGCCACGGACAUCUGGGGAGCGGGUGUGCUCACUUACAUUAUGCUCAGUGGACGCUCCCCGUUCUAUGAGCCAGACCCCCAGGAAAUGGAGGCUCGGAUUGUGGGGGGCCACUUUGAUGCCUUCCAGCUGUACCCCAAUACAUCCCAGAGCGCCACCCUCUUCUUGCGAAAGGUUCUCUCAGUACAUCCCUGGAGCCGGCCCUCCCUGCAGGACUGCCUGGCCCACCCAUGGUUGCAGGACGCCUACCUGAUGAAGCUGCGCCGCCAGACGCUCACCUUCACCACCAACCGGCUCAAGGAGUUCCUGGGCGAGCAGCGGCGGCGCCGGGCUGAGGCUGCCACCCGCCACAAGGUGCUGCUGCGCUCCUACCCUGGCGGCCCCUAGAGGCACGGACCACAGCCAGGCCUCGGGCUUCAACUGGGGUUCCCACCAAUGCCACGGGACAUUCCAGGGCCCACGCUGAGCCAGGCGGGCCUGGGGCUUCGGUUACCACCAGCAGCAACAUCUGGCCGGGCUCUUACCUCAUAGACCUUCAAGGACAGAGACCCCAGGGCCUGGACCUGAUGCCACCCCAGGCCAAAGCCAGAGUGGGAGACCCAUUGGCCAGGCUCAGCAGGGUGGGAACAGGCAGAGGGACAAGAGGGGAAUGGGGAAGUGGAGAGGAAAAGGAGUCGAGGGACAGGAAGGGGGAGGCUCUAGGAAGGUUUUGGGUUGGGGGUCAGUGCAUCUCAGGGAGAACCAAGGAAGGUGGGCAUGGCUGGAGAGGAGGAAAAGGAAGGAGCCCCAGGUGUCAGGGCAGUAGGCUGGGAGUCAGUGUGGCAAAGCGGGGGCAGGACACAGAUACAGUGGCAGGGGCCCAGGGCUGGGACGUGAGAGAAGGCAGCGAGGCGGCAGAGGGAGAAGAGAGGACUCAGGUGGAGGUGGGGUGGGUCAGCUGUCAGCAUCCCUCAGAGGAGAAAUGUGGAGAGCUGGAGGCCAGCAGUCACUCACACUCGCUCUGUCCUCCUGUCCAGUGGAUACAGCCCUGGGCACUCUGCUGGCCCAAGGAUGUCCCCACUGCCCCUCCAUGGCCUUUGGCCUUCUUCCCAUUCAUAUUUAUUUAUUUAUUGACUUUUAUGAAGUUUCCCCUUCCAUCCGAUCCCUACUGCCCAUGUUGUCCUGACCAUCCCUCCCAGCCAUCCAGCUGUCUGUCUGUCUGUCACAAGGAAAUAAAAAUGGCAAGCAGCA